GACAUGGGGUGAUAAAAUUUGGGAGUAGUGAACGUUUGGUGGUUGUAAAGCCUUCGAAUUCACUGCUCCCCUCAUUGCCACCUUUUUUCUUAAAGACAACAACAACGACAACAACAAAUCUUUGCGGGACAAACAUUAUUGUGUUUGAUUUUCUGAAAACCGACACGAUUUCAUGAUAUUCAUGUUUCAAUGCCUGUAACGUUCUGUUAUUGUCAGCUUCAUUCUUCUUAUCGAUCCUUGCCUGAGGAAGGAAGGCGGGCGGCUUAGUUUCAUGUUUCCAGGACAUCGUUCCAUUAUACAGAAACUGACGCCCCCCUUUUAGAGGAUGUCAGAAUUAAAAGUUGCAGCUCUGAAAGAGGCACUUGCUGCUCAACAAGUACUUCUAAAAAAACUUUACAAUGACUUGGAUGUAGAACGAGAAGCUUCUUCUACUGCUGCAAGUGAAGCUUUAUCUAUGAUACUACGUCUUCAAGAUGAAAAGGCUGCAGUGAAAAUGGAAGCAGAGCAAUAUAAAAGAUUGGCUGAGGAAAAGAUGUCAUAUGCGGAAGAGACUAUGGAAAUUUUUAAAGAUCUUGUAUAUCAGAAAGAAAUGGAGAUUUCAGCGUUAGAUUUCCAAGUGCAGGCUUAUAGGAACAAACUAUUAGACAUUGGAUUUGAUGAUUCAGGAGACGGUGAGAUAGAUUUUCCUGAGAAUAAUUUGCGAAGGAGUGAGGCUAGUAGUUGCAGUUCAGUCGGGGAUCUUGCCUCUCUAGUUCCCACACCGAGACUUCCAUUUAUCAAGACAGUUCAUGAGAUAAAGGGAUCAGAAAGUCCUGAGGAUGAUUUGAUCUUACAGGGAGUAGAGAAACAAUUAGACCAUAAUUCAGAAUUAGAAAAACAGAAUAUUUUUGGUUCUGGAAACAUUAAUUCCUACUGGGAACAAAUUAGGAAGUUGGAUGACCGAGUGAGAGAGAUAACAGGAGAGCCAAAUACUAGACUGCAGUCACCCUCACCCUCACCGCAACUGAGCAGAAGCGAGUCAUGUGCUACCAUCAAAAGAACUAUAGCUAAAGAAUGUGAUCACCUCAAGCACCCUUUGGGAAAAGAAGUUUGUAUGAAUUCCCAUUCAUCUACCAUCAUCUAUGAUGUUUUUGAAGUCCCACAACCUACUGAGAAUUUUUGUAGAGGCGAGGAUCUGUUAAUAAAAGAGGGAAAGGCGCCUUUGCAAGAUAAUGGAAAGGGUGCAAAACAACACUUCAUUUCCAGUAAAGCAUAUAGGCAAUUUCUCAAAGGUCAAGAUGACUGUUCAGAUAAAGGGCUUAUAUCCGAACACCGAGAGCUAAACCUAAGUCCGCCACCUGAAAGAGAAUCCAUAGAUACUCCAUUAAAGAUUGUGCAGUCCACUGGUGCAUGCAGAGACAAGAUACAGCAAGCUAAUAAUUUGGCAGUUAUAUCUGAGAUUCAGAGUCAAACUUUAAGACAUGAAUGUACUGAUGUUGCGAGAGUGGAGUUACACUUGUUGAAUGAAAUCCAGAAGCAACUAAAUGUGAUUCAUUCUGAGAUAAAAAGCCUGAAACCUAGAAAGUCUUCUUCACUGGAGAAUCUGCGUGUUCAUUGUCUUGAAGAGGAACUGCUGCAUUUUUGGCUCUGAUCAGCAACAAUCGAUUCAUGCAAAACAGUGUGUAUGGUCCUAUUGGAUAUUUUUCUGUUGCAGCUCCUGCUGCUUCAAUAUGCUACAGGUUAUGUACAACCAGUGAUUGUGCAGUGCUUUGGCCAGAAAUAUGACCCCUGCUCACCAAAAUCCUGGGUCGGCCCUGAGGAGAGCUGAUGAAGGUAGGCAAUAGUUCUUGCGGAUAUCUGUACAGUUGGACAGCACCGUCUCAGUUUGAAGAAUGUUUUUUAGUUCUUUAAGUGGGAUGAAGGUACUUCCGAAUGAUGGAAACCUGGAAAUCAAAAUGCUCUAGUCUCCAUCCAGAAAACGGUAUUUGAAACACUUCAAAAACUUGCAUCCUCAAUAUGUUUCAGAUAAUUCAAGCCCACAUAGCCAGUAUUUAUGCAAAAAAUCUUUCUUCCAUGAUGUAACUUUAAGGCCUACGGCUCAAGUUGAGUUGUGGUCCAGCAUCUGUUAAUGCAUAUACACUAUAAUAUUACUGAAUCCCUUCUGUUACUAAUCUUCUUUAAAAGGAAGAUGAUAAUGACUUCAUUUAUACUUAAUUCCUAC